GCAGUAGACCUGAGUGUGGGAUGAGUUAAACUUUGAGAUUCAACAUUAACAGUGUUUAUUAACCAGGUGUUCUCUUCACCUGAAAUCAUGAUGAAAAGGAAGUCCGGAGGGCCAGAUGAGGCCACAGCAAGGAAAAAGGUGCGACAGGAGGAGGCCAGCUCUGAUGAAGAUGAGGAGUCAUCCCAGAGAACUACAAGCCAAGAUUCCAGUCAGAGUGAAUCACUCAGUGAUGCUGAGGAUCACAGACCCAGCUUCUCCAAACCUGCAGCAUCUGAGAGCUCUCAGAUCAACGAUGCGUCUCAGAGCUCCUCCAACUUCUCCAUGUACAACAGUGUCUCACAGAAACUCAUGGCCAAAAUGGGUUUUAAAGAGGGUGAAGGUCUGGGAAAGUUCGGUCAGGGCCGGAAAGAGAUUGUGGAGGCGUCCACCCAGCGGGGAAGGCGUGGUCUCGGGCUGACCCUGCAGGGCUUUCAGGGAGAACUCAAUGUGGACUGGCAGGAUGAGCCUGAGGCCACUGCUUUUGAAGAGGUGUCCUGGUUUCCAGAAUGUUCAACAGAGAUGCCGGAUGCAGAAGAGCUCAGAGACUGGAUGGCUGUAGGCGAGAGGAAGUUGAAGAUUGAUGAUGAGACGGAGUUCUGCUCAGAGAACCUGCUGCACCUCCUGCUGCGCUGCAAGAGUGUAUUCGAUGAUCUCGAGGGUGAAGAGAUGAGGCGAGCUCGGACCCGAUCCAACCCGUAUGAAACUAUACGAGGAGCAUUCUUCCUUAACAGAGCUGCAAUGAAGAUGGCGAAUAUGGACCAUGUAUUUGACUACAUGUUCACCAACCCAAAGGACAGCCAAGGGAAGCCGCUGGUGCGUGAUAAGGAGGGGGAGCUGCUGUAUUUCGGGGACGUCUGUGCCGGGCCCGGCGGUUUCUCCGAGUACAUACUGUGGAGGAGGCGCUGGCAUUCUAAAGGAUUCGGCAUGACUCUAAAAGGAUCCAAUGAUUUCAAACUGGAGGAUUUCUACGCUGCUCCCAGUGAACUCUUCGAACCCUAUUAUGGUGAGGGUGGGGUGGAGGGUGAUGGUGACAUCACGCUGCCGGAGAACAUUUCUGCUUUCAGGAACUUUGUUUUGGAGAACACUGAGAGGAGGGGCUUACACUUCCUGAUGGCUGACGGGGGUUUCUCAGUGGAGGGGCAGGAGAACAUUCAGGAGAUUCUGAGUAAGCAGCUUCUACUGUGCCAGUUCCUCACGGCGCUGUCUGUCGUCCGGACAGGAGGUCAUUUUGUGUGUAAGACGUUUGACCUGUUCACGCCCUUCAGUGUGGGUCUGACGUACCUGCUUUACCUCUGCUUCGAGAGAGUCUCGCUGUUCAAGCCCGUCACCAGCCGACCGGCCAACUCUGAGAGGUACGUGGUGUGCCGGGGUCUAAAGCCAGGCUCUGAUCCUGUUCGAGAGUACCUGUUUAAUGUGAAUUUAAGGCUGAACCAGUUCAGGCACACUGAGAGGGAUGUGGUUGAAGUGGUGCCACUGGACAUCAUCAAAGGAGACACAGACUUUUACCACUACAUGAUCAACUCUAACGAGCGUCACUGCAGUGUGCAGGUCAAAGCCCUGGCCAAAAUCCAUGCCUACGUCAGAGACCCGACGUUGUCCGAGUCCAGACAGGCUGACAUUCGUAAGGAGUGUCUGAAACUGUGGGGGAUUCCCGAUCAAGCCAGAGUCGCUCCUUCUUCCUCAGACCCCAGAUCCAAGUUUCAAGAGCUUGUUAAGGGUUCAGACAUUAAAAUGUUUAACUCCAGGCCGACAGCCCUCAGCUCCAGCACUCUUGAAAGACUGCAGCAUGUACUGGACCACCGGUGCAUCGUUGGAGGGGGAGAACAGAUCUUUCUCCUAGGGCUUGGGAAAUCACAGAUCUACACUUGGGAUGGUAAAGCCCCUCUGCGGUGGAGGAAGCUGGAGAACUUUAAACUGGAGCUGCCCAGAGAAACCCUGCUGAGCGUGGAGAUCGUACAGGAGCUGAAAGGAGAGGGUAAAGCUCAGCGCAGGAUCAAUGCUGUACAUGUUCUGGAUGCUCUGGUGUUGAAUGGCACUGAUGUGAGGGAGCAGCACUUCAAUCAGAGGAUUCAGAUGGCUGAGAAGUUUGUGAAAGCUGUUUCUAAACACAGUCGUCCAGACAUGAACCCAAUACGAGUCAAAGAGGUCUAUCGGCUGGAGGAAAUGGACAAGAUCUUUGUAAGGUUGGAGAUGAAGGUGACGAAGAGUUCAGGAGGAAUGCCUCGCCUGUCCUACACUGGCCGAGAUGACCGCCACUUUCUGCCCAGUGGGCUCUACAUCAUCAAAACGGUCAAUGACCCCUGGACGAUGGCCUACAGCAAGAGCUCAAAGAGGAAAUUCUUCUUCAAUAAACAGACAAAAGUAUCAACCUUCGACAUGCACCCUACCGCCGUAGCCCCAUUUCAUGUGUGUCAUCAGGAGAGGAUGUUCUGGGCGUGGGAGGAAGGGGUCCGAGUCCACGACUCCCAAACCCGCGUGGACCCCGGGAAGCUCUCCAAAGACCACGUCCUCUCCUUCAUCCACAAGCACAGUCCUCAGCUGGAGACCUGAGACAGAGACCUGGCUUUUUUUCUCUGCCAGCAGAGGGCGCUGUAGGCUGCUGCAGAAGAGGAGGGAGGACGUGUAAUAAAAUGCAUGGUUUUUAAUUGCGUUUGAACUUGCAGAUUUACCUUGCUGUGAUGAUGAUGAUGAUGAUGAUGAUGAUGAUGAUGAUGAUGUCAACACAACAACAUUUACAACAUUUACAGCGUUUAGACCUGCUGAAACCUAACUAUCCUCUGUAUCCAGCGUCUGGCAGCAGCAGCAGCAGCAGCGGGAGUGGGAGUGGGAGUUACCUGGUGUGGAAGUGACAGGAGGGUUCUGGAACAUUUCUUCAGUCUGUCAGCUCUUCACACUGAAUGUGAAUGACUGACUAGUUGUAGUGGGUAGCUACUGUAGAUUGAAUCUGCAGCCUGGCAGUGCCUGAGGAUCUCAGCCAGAGACACUAGAAAGACACUGCUUCUGAACCGCAGCUCAUCUUCAGUUCUAAACACAGUGCAUGAGCAGUACCGGGCUGUACGUUUCCUCUUCUGUGUGCUCGUGAGAUGGUUCUGGUUCUGUGCUCUCUGUUGCCUUUUCACAUUUCACAUUUUUAUCUUUCUUCGCUUUCAUUUGCUUGUAAAUGUUAAAAUGAGGCAGACGGCUUCUGUAUCGUCUGUUUUGUCUCCUUCAUGUUUGAGUAUCGGGAAAGCCUUUGCGUUCGUUUUUAAGCCUGUCGCUGACUUUGAUAAUAAUAUAAAAGACUACUGGGGUGUUUUCA